UACAGCUUUAUCAUGGACCCAUUUACUGUUAACAAGGUGCAGGAGUCAUAUCAUGGCACAGGGCUUGACUAUUUUAAAGCCAUACAGGUCAACUCUAAGAGUGUCAAGAAAUUUAGCAACAGAUACAAAACCAGGAACAAAUUAGUUAACCAGGAUUAUAUGCAAGAUGAGUCAAUAUCAUCAUUGGAAGACUCUAAGGAUCUCAAGUGCAAAGUCGUGACUGCUAAGAAACCAAGAAGUAUGGUGAAGCUUAACAGGCAGGGGAGACUAAAGGACGGUUUCAAUAAUGGUGUGAAACUGUUGCAAACUCCGAAUAAGAGGAUAACUGUGAUAUCUAAGUAUGCUCAUUACACACAAAGUACCGAGACAGAAAACCUUGAUAAUUUUGGGACAGAUCAACAGAAAAUUGAUUCUGCUUUAAAAUAAUGCCAAAGAGGAGUUAUUAAAAAGCCUACAGGCUAUAAAAGCAAAAAAGAAUCAUGAGUAUAACACUUUACACAACUCUUUGCACACUGGGAAAAAGUCUCUAUCAGUGGGUGAGAAUAGUUUCAGAGAUUCUAUAAGGAACCUUGGUCAAGGCAACGCACUCCAAAGAGACUUCACCGAAAAUGCUAAAAAUUUGUUGCAAAACUCGAGGAAAAUAACUGUUUUUGACAGGUAUAACCCCAUCAGAAAUCAUGAAAAUCCUCGGAGGUCAGAUCUCAAUAGCAGUUGUUCUGAUUCAGACAGAACGUUUAUCAUCAAACCAGUCAAUGAGAAAUUUUCAAGCUCGAAAUUCCUCAAGAAGGGAAGUUCUAAGAGAUAUUCCAAGCGGAAGAGGGUCAAAAAGCAAGCUAAGCAACGGAAGAAUAUCCCUGAGAUAUUUAAGUCACUCAACCAACCUAAUUAUUGUGGCAAUUGUAGUCAACUUUCUGAGAGCCAGAAUUCUUCAGGCAGAAAAGUGACCGUAAAUUCGUCUAACAUCGGAGAGAAAAUGCUUAAAUUAAGCAGUCAGAGGAAGAACACUAUGGGGUUGAUAAAGCAAAUUUUGAGGAAUAAACCAAAAGUUCUUCCUAAACAUGAUAACCAGAAGCUAGAUGGCAUCAUGAGCUCAUUUGGCUACCUCAAAGGAGAUAAGGUUGAUGAAGAUGACAAAUAUUCAGCUGCUUCUGGCAAACAAGUUUUGAUAGAUAGAAAAGCUAACUCCAAGAGUAUUGACUGAAUCUCUCCAAAUCCUGAAGGAAGGGAUAUUUAUUCAGGUAUCGACCUGUCCAAAUGGAUCACUCAUAUGAAGGAUCUUAAGAAGAAGGAAAAUGAAGAGAAAAAGUGGAGUAAAAUCAGCAUUAAGUCAAAUAUUUCUCAACUAAAGACCAAGCCAAAGAAGAAGCAACGGAUCACAUUAAGUUCAAAGAAAGGAGCUAGGAAGAAGAUCCAUACUCCAAACGAUCAUUUCGGGGCAGGGAACUCCAAGCUAAGAAAUGAAUAUUCAAAUGAGUAUGAAAGACCGCCUCAUAGACCAUCAGGGAUGCGUGGGAGUUCACUAGAGCCUCUCCCUUUGAGAAAGUCUUACUCCAGUACAGACACAGGAGCAACUCAAGUAGUCUCUCAACCUUCAUCUAAUAUGAAGAAGCCUAGUUCAGACUGCCCAUCAGUCUUUAUCCCAAAGCGAGUUCAGAAUGUGAUUAGGCUGAAGCCAACUAAGAGCUCAGUGAAGUUGCCCAAUAUCACUAUAAAUACAAACCUGAAAUCAGCCCUCAAGAUGUUGUAA